CAGGCUCGAAUAACAUACCAGGAAAUGAUGUUUAAAUACACUGCGCGUUAAAAGUGACCUUUAAAUCGUCUGUGUAGGUCAAAAAAGUACUGUGAGGAUGCAGAUGAUGCAUGUACACGCUGUGUUCAAAGAAACAUGACGAGUGUCUGUUAAGAGAAACCAUGUGGAGAAGAUCGCUUCGUGCGGGCUACUCAUGUUUUGGGUGCAGGAGUGUUGGGCCAAAGGUAAUCUGGGGCUUCCAUGCAGUGCGUGCAUGCAGUGCUCCAGCCUUCCCUGCAGGCAGGAUCACAGCACUUCAGGCAGUGGACAUAUGGAAGCGACACUUUGAAGAGAAAGGUGUGACUGAGCCAGACCACUCAAGCCAGUACAUCAUCGCUCAUCUGCUCGGAGCCAAAACUAUAGAAAUUCUUGAACAAAAGAAGUUAACAGAGUUUCUCAGCCAAGAAAAAAUAGAGCAGAUGUGGAGGCUCUGCACUAGACGCCUCUCCAGAAUGCCUGUGCAGUAUGUGAUUGAAGAGUGGGACUUCAGAGAUCUGACACUGAAGAUGAGACCUCCUGUGUUCAUACCAAGACCUGAAACAGAGGAGUUGGUUGAACUCGUGCUGACUGAUCUGCAGAUGAAGCAUGUGAAUGGAGACGCCCAGCAUACAUGCCUGGAAGUGGGAUGUGGCUCUGGUGCCAUUUCUCUCAGUCUGCUGUAUAGUCUACCUCAGCUCUCAGCCACUGCCUUGGAUCAAAGCCAGGAUGCGGUGGAUUUAACAAGAGAGAAUGCUUUAAGGUUGGGACUUCAGGACAGAUUACAGAUUCAUCACAUAGAUGUCAUGAAAGAUGCAGAAACUGUGAUGAACCUCUGCAGCCCUGUUUCAGUUUUGGUCAGCAACCCUCCUUAUCUGUUCUCAGAGGACAUGGCUUCACUGGAACCUGACAUUUUAAGGUUUGAAGACCACACUGCUUUAGAUGGAGGCAAAGAUGGCUUGAAAGUAAUCAAACAGAUUUUGAUGCUUGCUCCUCAAAUUCUAUCAAAUUAUGGUCGUGUUUACUUGGAGGUGGAUCCCAGACACCCCCCGCUUAUUCAGCGUUGGGUGGAGGCGAAUGUAGAAGAGCUGCAUUAUGUAGAGACACGACACGACAUCACCAGCAGGCCACGAUUCUGCAUCCUUCAGAAAAAAGAAGUCAAACAAGGACCAUAAGCUGGAUCUGGAUUGAGAAACUGAGAUCCUAUUACGUUGGCUUUAGUCCAGGUCACCAUAGCCUCUGCUCCCCUACCCCCACUGAGCUGCCAAGCAUGCAUUUGCACUGAUUUAAUCACUCAAAAUUCCCAAUUUGUAGAAGCUCAAAUGAUUUUCAUGUCACCGUUGCACUUUCAAUCUGGUAACAUUUGUGAUUACAUCCUGCGCCAUAAUAAAUAUGUGUGCGAGAUGGCACAAAAGCAGCUCAAAGCUGAAGGUAAUUACCAAGGCUUUUCUUAGAACCCUCCUUCUCAGAAUCUCACCCUCCUCCCAGGAAGCAUUCAGUAGUUCUGUGAAUCCGCUGAUGAAUGGUCCUCCCCUUCGCUUGUCCACGCGCUGACUCAGAUGCAAGCUGUAUGCAUUGUUGAGCAAAAACACACAAUGUGGCCUUUACCUCCUCACACAAUCUACGUCUCACACACUUAAAAGCUCAAAGGCCACAAAGUCUUUGUGUUUCAAAGGUGAUUGAAGGCGAAAAUAUUUCGUAACAAGUGUCACAAGAGCGGUCAUCAUGUGUUGGAUGAUGACAGUAUUUCUCUAUGCCCAGUGAGUAAUACUGGCAUUUUGAGCAAUACAAGAGAAAAGGAUGAAAAGGACAGCAAGGUUAGAUUGUUUACUUUAAUAGAAAAAAAUGUACACAUGUAAAAGGUAGAAAAAAUGCUUUACUGAGAAAAAUAAAAUGGCGCAAAAGAUG